GCCUCCCGAGUAGCUGGGAUUACAAGCAUGCACCACCACGCCUGGCUAAUUUUAGUAUUUUUAGUAGAGACGGGGUUUCACCACGUUGGCAGGGUAGUCUCAAACUCCUGACCUCAAGUAAUCAACCUGCCUCAGCCUCCCAAAGUUCUGGGAUUAUAGGCGUGAGCCACUGCGCCCGGCCUGAUGCUCCUAGUUUUAAUGGUUUGAAUGAACAGGGGACGUGAGUUCUUGAGAACAGUAACUACGGUGGUGCAUUUUCCCCCCUGCACGUAAUGUACAGCACUCUACCGUUUUGCCAAGCACUUUGUGCUCCUAAAAUUUCUGUUGCAUUGUUGUUUGAAUGAAUGAAUAAAUGAGUCUUUUAAAAGUAAUUAAUUGUAGAAGUUGCAGCAUUAAGAAAUAAAGAGGGGGGCUAGUAAAAAUGCAUUUUUAUAGAGAUGUUGGGAAAGGCUUGCUUGAAAUUACACGUGGGACUUUUACUAGACAGGCGCUUUGACCAGCUAAGCAACAGGGCUCCCCUCGUGUGGGACUUUUAGAAUGUAGCAACCACUGACACACAGGGAAGGAUUAUGCGAUCAGGUGAGAAGGUGGCCGACCCUGACUGGCUGGAAGCAGAUGCAUUCUGGUAGUUGAUUGGUCCACAGGUAGCGUGACGCUUGUCACGUCCUCAGCCUCCCAGCAUUCAAUCGUAGCCUUUCGGACAGCUCGAAGCCUUCUGUGGAGAGCUCGAAGCCUUCUGUGGAGAACUCAAAGCCGUCCGUGGAGCCCCAGACGAGCCAAAGCCCACCUUCUCCUCAGCCUGAGCUGUCUUGAAGAUGAGUAAGAGUGAGUUUGGGAGCUAUGGCAGCAUUUCUGCUGCUGAUGGAGCGAGUGGAGGCAGUGGAGGCAGUGACCAACUGUGUGAGAGAGAUGCAACUCCUGCUAUUAAGACCCAAAGACCUAAGAUCCGAAUUCAGGACGUUGUACCGUGUAAUGUGAACCAGCUUCUCAGCUCUACUGUGUUUGACACUGUGUUCAAGGUUAGGGGAAUUAUAGUUUCCCAGGUCUCCAUCGUGGGGGUAAUCAGAGGGGCAGAGAAGGCUUCAAAUCACAUUUGUUACAAAAUUGAUGAUAUGACCGCGAAACCAAUCGAGGCCCGACAGUGGUUUGGUAGAGAGAAAGUCAAGCAGGUGACUCCAUUGUCAGUCGGAGUAUAUGUCAAAGUGUUUGGUAUCCUCAAAUGUCCCACGGGAACAAAGAGCCUUGAGGUAUUGAAAAUUCAUGUCCUAAAGGACAUGAACGAGUUCACCGUGCAUAUUCUGGAAACGGUCAAUGCACACAUGAUGCUGGAUAAAGCCCGUUGUGAUACCACUGUAGAAAGUGUGCCUGUGUCUCCAUCAGAAGUGAAUGAUGCUGGGGAUAACGAUGAGAGUCACCGCAGUUUCAUCCAGGACGAAGUGCUGCGUUUGAUUCAUGAGUGUCCUCAUCAGGAAGGGAAGAGCAUCCAUGAGCUCCGGGCUCAGCUCUGCGACCUUAGCGUCAAGGCCAUCAAGGAAGCCAUUGAUUAUCUGACCGUUGAGGGCCACAUCUAUCCCACUGUGGAUCGGGAGCAUUUUAAGUCUGCUGAUUGAGGCAGGGAAAACAUCCUCUCAUUUUUUGAAGACCCUUGCAUCCAGCUGUGAGUAAUUUUGACCUGUUGACUUUUUAGGAAGUAGGACUAAAAAAAAAAAAAUCUCAAGUGGCAUUCUUUGUCAACUUGCUGCUUUUCUAACUGCUUUGAACUUUUCGGAUUUUCUAUAUUUGAAGCUCAGAGAGAGAUGAUGAUGGAUAAAUUGACAACUCUGUAGGAUUUACUAGCAAGCUAAUGGAAACAUGAUGAUUUUCGGGGAAGAAAAACUACGGAAAAUGUAGAAAUUUAUUAUUUAAUUGUGUUGGAGCUUCUUUUUCCAAAAGAAAAACUAUUUGCAGUCAGGGAGCCAGCGAAAAGACAACAACAACAAGAAAAGUCUUGCUUGUUUUUAUGUUAGACUUAUUUUCCAUGUUUGGAUUCAGCUUAUUAUAAUGAUAUUGUUAUCUCUUGCUCAAUAUAGUAUUUAGUAUUUGAUUAAUUCAAAUGAGCUGAAGAUAUUAAUUUGUGAAUUCUAAUGCUCAGUUCAAACAUUUAUGUGUGAUUUGCUCUUAUUACUAUGAAUUUAUGUUUUCUUAAAAUAAGAUUAUACUAUGUUUAAAUAAACCAUUUUUGCCAGGUUAUCUUUGAAAUUUUUUAAAAUGUGGUGAAGUUCAAUGAUUAUUUCAUAUAUGAUGUGGUAUUUGGAUGAAAUUACAAUUUAUUGUAGUUGUAUGGUAAAUGGAUGCCAGAGUUUCUGUAAGUUUGAUGUGCUGGUGUAUUAUUUAUUUUACUAAAUGCUCUGUUUUAUGUAUAAAAAGGUAAUUUUUAGGACGUUAGGGAAACAACUCAUAGGAAUAUGAAACUUACUGAGUUUAACACAAAUUUAUUCAAAUGUUUUAUUAAAGUAGUUUUACAAAA